CCAAGUCCCUUCUCCCUCAGCUGGCGAGAUGAAGACGCACCGGGGGGAGAGCAGCGAAGGGGAAAGCACCUUCUCGUGUCCCGAGGAUCUGGAGGACCUCGGUGUCUCGUCUCCCACGCCGGGCCUCCUGCAGGAGCUUCUGAGCCCCGGCAACAACAACAACACAACAACAACAACAACAACAACAGCGAUAAUAGUAGUAGUGAUAGAGAGAGUGAGGAGACACGUAGCGGAGGUCGUGGGGGGGAUAGUGAUAGUGAGAAUAACAACGAGAGGAAGGAAGGAGAUUGUAAUAGGAAUUAUAAUAAUAAUGACAAUAAUAAGAGUAAUAAUAACAGCACGAAAGGUAGUCUUAGCAAUAAAAGCAACAACUGCAGGAUUGAUGCCAGCGACGACAGCAAUAGCAACAAUAACAACAACAAUAAUAACAUAAACAACAACAUCGAGACCCGCUCCAAGAAGGACUCGAACGGCAACUCCUCCCUCGUGAGCAACUACAACAGGCAGCCCGGGGCGGAGGAGAGCGCCCUCAGCCCGAGCGCCAUGUGCAGGAGCGACGAGUGCUGCCCUCAGAGCCCCUCCUGCGGCGGCGGCGCGAGUGCGAGGAGGCGCUGCGAGUGCACGGGAGGCUGCGUCUGCGCGGGGGAGGCCGGGGCUCCGCGCGCCAGUCAAAACAGCCUCAACAACAACAGCGACUGGUCGGAUGCCGUUGCGAAAUGCCCGAAGGCCUUCUCCAGCAACGGCUGCGCGGCCGGCAUUCGCACCGACGCCGGUGAAAGCAGUGGCCACGUCCGGCGCCGCGGAGGCUCAGCCAAGGUCCUCAACAGCGACAUGAGCCUGUCUCCGCGCCUGAAGGAGCUCCUGCAGGGACUCAACGAACCCGGGGACUCCGGGAACCCUCCGGAGCCGCCCGACUGGCUGGACCGACGCCUCUUCAACCGCGGGCGGCAGUUCUACGGCCGCUUCCUCUUCUGCAUCUUCUUCUCGGACCUGCUGGCGCUUCUGAUGAUGUUCACCGUCAGCAGGAUCCUGCGGCCGCUGAUCUACACGGGCCGCUCCGACACGCCGCAGCGCGCCCUCCGCCGCUACGUGUCCACCAUCCUGCACGUGGUGGCCUGGUACAGCGGCGACGUGUGGGACCCCGAGGACCCCGCCCACCGCGACGUCCUCUCCGUGCGCUCCAUCCACAACAAGUCGGCUCGCGUCCUCAACUCGUCGACGGAACACGAGAAGGUGUCCGGGAUUGACGUGCGGGCCCGAGGGCACGAGGAGCCGCGGUGCCCCUUCAGCCCCGCCGUGAGGCACGACCUGCGCCAGCAGGCUGAGCAGGGCCUCGUGCUGGAGACGCCCGACGACCCGCCGCUGUACAUCAGCCAGUGGGACAUGCUGGUCACGCAGUACUCCUUCCUGGGCGUGCUGGUGGCGCACCCGCGGCAGAUGGGCGCCUGGCGGGCGUCGGAGGAGGACCUGGCCGGCCUCAUCCACUUCUGGCGAGGCAUCGGCUGGCUCCUGGGCGUGGAGGACAAGUACAACUUCUGCAACGGCAGCGUCGCCGACACGCGCGCGCUCUGCCUCGAGAUGGAGCGCCACCUGAUCUUGCCGGGCUUCGCGGCGGCCGACUGGAGCCACGAGCACAUGGCCACGUCGCUGAUGGCGGGGAUCAACCACAUGGUGCCGUGCCUCUCGUACCCGGCCAUGCUCCGCUUCCUGGCGGACACCCUGGGCGUGCGCCUGCCGUCCUUCGUCAGGCAGAUGUCCCUCCGACACACCUGCCAGUACUGGCUCAUGCGCUUCGUCUUCCACGUCCUGUUCCUCAUCCCCGGGGUCCUCUUCCUCUUCAACGAGCUCCUCCUGCUCGCCCUCAGGGUCAUCCAGGAGAAGAACCCGGCGUGGAGACUCAAGUCGGAGAGAUACAACGUCAAGAGCUUCCCCCACGUGUACGCCUAAUCCACGCGCCGGGGGAAGGUCUUCGGGAAAUCGUGGGCGUUUGUGCAGGCGUUCUUCGUCGAUGCUUACGUGCGCGUCUGUGUAGAGAAAAAGUGCACGUGCAGGGUCCACUUGCAUCGGGCGGAGGACACGGCCAAGUUGGUCUAAAAAAUGCGAUUAUCUGGUUAUUAAGACCACUUAAGUCACACAACAUCUGAUUUAAACGAAAAAAAAAAGAAAAUGAAAGGCGCCAUUUGAGUAAAUACCGGAACGUACCAUGAAAAGAAAAUUUAUGUUGGGUGAUUUAUAUUUCAUUUCGUAUUGUCAUCUCUCUCUCUCGCUUUUCUAGUUUACCUUAAAGUUGCACAGCUCCUGCUGCGGGGAAACUGCAGGAAACCUUCACAACGUAAAACACGUCUUCCCAUUUUGUAUGCAAUGCACUUUCUGUUGGCAUAUACGACAUACAUUUAUAUAUGCAAAAUAUAUGUACCUUUUGUGAGGAAAUGUAAGAUGCACGGUCAUAUAAGACAAACUCCCACUUUAGCAGGGAUAUUCAAGGGAAAAAGUGGCCCUAUUUUCACUUAUAGACCUAGGGUGAUUUUUUUUUUUUUGCCUCUUUCGUGUUUCGGGGGAUAAAUUGCGUCUUACAUACUGUUAAAUAGGAUAUGUAUAUCAUGUUUGUGUCCAAAUGUGUGUAUAUAAAAUGUAUAUAUAGAUUAUAGCAUUAAGAUGAUAUUCAAUAGCAUAAUUUAUUUUGUAAAGAUUAGUCAGUUAUGUAGCCUGACGACGGUACAAAGAGAAAGCCACGCAUUUCAAUGAAAAAAAGGAGAAUGGCAGACUUCACAGAGCGAGAAAUAUAUCGUUUCAUCAAAAGUCGAAACGAGUCCAAAAACAUUCGUUGCGUUGUGAAAAUGUUCAUUCUCGUUUACAUUUUUUUUUUUCCUAUACUGGUCGCAUGAUGAUUUGUUCAGUGCUUCUCCGGUGUUACAAGAAGUACAUUUGCUUAGCGCAGUGUCCUCGAUAAAUGUGCUAAGCAGACAGAUUGUGUGUACAUUACUUACAUGAUUUCCUCCAUUGCAGUAUUGCAAACCAGGAAGAUAAACUUGUGUAUCUUUUACUUAAAUACUCUUGACUGUGGAAGGCAAAGAUUGUAUUCAAUACUGUUGUUGAUGCUUCCACAAAAAAAAAAAAUGUUAUAACCAAAAUACUUUUACUCUAAACCGACAACUUUGAUCGCGCAAAAAAAA